GUACUCUCAAGCGCGCCGCGAAAGGAGGGAGCAGCUUCCGGGACCUGGCGGGGCUUUUGUGUUGGGCAGCGCGAAUCUGGCGAGCUCGGUGCGUCUCCGCUGCUCCUUCCCCUUAUCCCUGGGAGGUCCAAGUGGUCCCGCGGCAGCUUCUGUUGCUCUGGGACCUGAGGUCCCGGAAGGUCCUUAGGGAGGACCGCAGACACCGGAGGCUGGGAAAUGGAUUCAGUGUCAUUUGAAGAUGUGGCUGUGACCUUUACCCAGGAGGAGUGGGCUUUGCUGGAUCCUUCUCAAAAGAAUCUCUAUAGAGAUGUGAUGCAAGAAAUCUUCAGGAACCUGGCUUCUGUAGGAAACAAAUCAGAAGACCAGAAUAUCCAAGAUGACUUCAAAAAUCCUGGGAGAAAUCUAAGCAGUCAUGUGGUAGAGAGACUGUUUGAAAUUAAAGAAGGCAGUCAAUAUGGAGAAACCUUCAGCCAGGAUUCAAAUUUGAAUCUGAAUAAGAAAGUUUCUACUGGAGUAAAGCCGUGUGAAUGCAGUGUGUGUGGAAAAGUCUUCAUAUGUCAUUCAGCCCUUCAUAGGCACAUCCUAUCUCACACUGGAAACAAGCUAUUUGAGUGUGAGGAAUGUCCAGAGAAGUUAUAUCAUUGCAAACAAUGUGGGAAAGCCUUUAUCUCUCUCACCAGUGUUGACAGACACAUGGUAGUACACAGUAGUAAUGGGCCUUACAAGGGUCCAGUGUAUGAGAAGCCUUUUGAUUUUCCUAGUGUAUUUCAAAUGCCUCAGAGCACUUACACUGGAGAGAAAACAUAUAAAUGUAAACAUUGUGAUAAAGCCUUCAGUUAUUCAAGUUAUCUUCAUGAACAUGAAAGAACUCAUACUGGAGAGAAACCCUAUGCAUGUAAGACAUGUGGUAAAUCAUUCACUUUUUCCAGUUCUCUUCGCCAACAUGAAAGAUCUCAUACUGGAGAGAAACCCUAUGAAUGUAAGGAAUGUGGCAAAGCCUUCAGUCGUUCCACUUACUUGGGAAUACAUGAAAGAACGCAUACUGGAGAAAAACCCUAUGAAUGUAUAAAAUGUGGCAAAGCCUUUAGAUGUUCCAGAGUCCUCAGAGUCCAUGAAAGGACUCACAGUGGAGAAAAGCCCUAUGAAUGUAAACAAUGUGGUAAAGCCUUCAAAUAUUCCAGUAACCUAUGCGAGCAUGAAAGAACUCACACGGGAGUGAAACCUUAUGGAUGUAAGGAAUGUGGUAAGUCAUUUACUUCUUCCAGUGCCCUUCGAAGCCAUGAAAGGACUCAUACUGGAGAAAAACCCUAUGAGUGUAAGAAAUGUGGUAAAGCCUUCAGUUGUUCCAGUUCCCUUCGAAAGCAUGAAAGAGCUUAUAUGUGGUAAAAAACAACAACAACAACAAAACACCUCUGUGAAUGUAAGAAGUGUGUUAAAGCUUUCAGUUAUUCUAGUUUCGUUAGAACACGUGAAAAAAUUAAAAACUCACACUAGAGAGAAACCUAACACAUGUAAGGAAGAUUAGAAUAUAUGCAAUUUUCCUAGUUCCCUUCUAAAACUUAGAAGAACCCGUCCUGGGAAAGAACGUCAUAAAAUAUGAAAAAUGUGUUAAAACACUUCAUUUUCCUAGUCACUUUCAAAUAUAUUUUUAUCAGUGGUUCAUUGUUAAAGAAGGUGUCUAUACUUUAGAUUUUCAAUUUUUUGCAAGGAAUCAUGGAGCUGAGAAUUUCAUAGAUACUUUGUAAGCCAUAGUACACUAUGAGCUUAAUAGGCUGUGUUUUGUUUCUCAUCAGUUAACAUAAUUUUUGUCUAUUCAUUUAAAAAUUUGUUGGAUCCCUAGACUAAGAUGAAAUGUAUUUCUAAUAGUAGGCGAUUUUAGUUUUCAUGUAGUUGUUUAAUUGUUCUCUAAUUAAUGGACCGUUGAAAAAUGAGUUCCUGUUAAUUGUUGGAAAUUUCUUACUGAUCUUAUGUGGGACGUUUUGGUUAUUCCCCAUUUUAUACAUAUGUGUGUGUGUGUGUGUAUAUAUAUAUAUAUAUAUUUAUUCUACCUUUUUAUGGGAAAACUACUUUUUUGUUGUAAAGAUUUUCUUCAUUUUCUUUGCUAAUAAAGAGUUGUUAUUAA